AUGCGCCGUCUCAGCAGCGAUGCGACCGUUGUGAUCGAGUGUGAUUAUUGCAGGUCACGGCAUCAGCAAUUUUGGUCAGCUAGUGCAUUGGUAGAGCAACCAUCCACUUCUUCUUUGAGGUGGCGUGGCAGGCGUACAGAUGCAACUGGCUGCAGGAGCAGCGCGCUCGCCGUCACGGCGUGGGAUGGUUGGACACUUAAUCCCCACAGAGUACUUGCUUUUGCAAACCUCCUUGCAAGAGUAGCUGAACUCAGGAGGGUAAGCCCGGUUCGAGCUCUUCAGACUGCGACCUGCCGUAUGUGGUUGCGUGUAUGA